AGAGCUAAGAGGUCUUCGGAGUGGACGUCUUCCACAGUCUAUGACUCUAUGAUGAGAGUAAGUCAUCUCACCCACUUCAAUAUAGACUGGGCAACAAUAUUUGCCGAUCUAUUCGCAUGCUUAGAAGGACAAAUUUCCAUGCAAGUCUGCAGCUUAUGGUAGAAUAUACCCCUAAAAAAUAAUGGUGAAGAUCUCUGAGGGGGGGGGGGGGGACUAAGGCAUCAGUCAGGCAAGAGAUCAAGGUCUUGAAAUCUGAGUGGGCGAUAAUAUUCUGCAGGCCAACACGAAGAGUAGACUGAAGAGCUAUCCUGAGUGCAAGGGUCUCCUCAACUAGAGCAGAACUGGGGAACACAUGAUCCGGGGUGUUCUUCGGAUAGAAGCAUGGAGGGUCAAUUGCCCGGACCAAGGGUGUACCAGAACAACCUCAUACAUGAACCUGAUCUGAAUUCUGGGAUUUCUUCUAUAAAUAUUGAGCUAAUCUCAAAUAAGCUCUCUCUUUCUCGGAACUCCAAUACGACCAUAAGGCCAACUUAUUGUAUUUACAGAGUCAACAAGAGAAUUCGCAAAGUGAACGAAGAUGCCUACACGCCGGAUACAGUCUCUAUCGGCCCUUAUCACCGAGACAAGCAAAACUCCCAAAUGAAAGCCAUGGAAAAGCUUAAGUGGCGAUACGUACAUGCACUGCUUGAUCGAACAAGUGAGAGAUCCAAUCUGGAGAAUUAUGUGGAAGUUCUCAAGGAGUUAGAAACUGAAGCUCGUGGGUUUUACUCAGAGCCCUCCAACUUAAGUAGUGGAGAAUUCAUAGAAAUGAUGCUCUUUGAUGGCUUGUUCAUCAUUGAGUUAUUCAGGAAAUAUGCACAAUUUGUAGAGAGAGAUUGUGAUGAUCCCAUAUUUUAUUCCAAUUUCAGAACAAGGGUUGUGCGUGACUUGGUAUUGCUUGAAAAUCAAAUACCCAUGUCAGUUCUUCAAGCUUUAUUCGAUCUAAGUUAUGAUCCUCACUCUCAUACAUACUCACUCAUCCGAUUGGCUCUCUUUUUCUUCAAGGAUUUGAUACCAGAUGGUAUGUACUAUUAUCCUUAUCCUCAAAAUAAGGAGUCCAUUAUUCCACAUAACCAUUUACUGGAUCUGUUAAGCUACACACUUGAGAAUUCUCUCCCACCAAUGGUCAUGAAGCCAGCAUCAAGGGCAUCACUAGAAUCUCUGCCGUGUGCGACGGAGCUUCGGGAUUCUGGUGUUAAGUUCAAGAAGCGCCUCAGAUAUGGUGGUUGGAUGGACAUGAAGUUUAACGAAGGAGUAUUUGAAAUCCCUCCACUAUGUGUCGAUGAAUACACAGAUCCCUUUUUCCGGAACCUUAUUGCUUACCAACAACACCGUUUUGGAGGUGGGCCCUACAUAACAUCAUAUGCACUCUUGAUGGAUUAUCUUAUCAAGUCUUCUAAUGACGUGGCACUCCUACGUGGCCGUGGUAUUAUUAUGAAUCACCUGGGUGACGAUGAUAAGGUCUCAUCUCUUUUUAAAAGUAUUUGCUGUGAAAUUUUCACUAAUAAUUUCUGUUAUAGUGAUCUUUGCGACAAAGUUCGUGAGUAUUAUAACCGGCCAGUUUCGCAUCCCAUUAACAACUGGAAAGCUUCAUUUAAGCGCAUUUAUUGCAAAAGUCCGUGGACGAUCAUACCAUUGGUUGCAGCAUUUCUAUUACUUUUUCUGACUGCCUGGAGUACUCUAUUUACCACCCUACCUGUAUAUGGUGUUAAUUACAAGCAUAAAUCUUAAGAUGUGUUCAGUUACAUAUAUUCUGGAGAGUAUUUGAUAUUUCUGAUGAAACAUGAUUCUGAAUUAUUAUUUAAUUUGUUAACAAGCUAUCA